GUAUAUAAUUUAUUGUAAGAAGUUUUUCCAUUCUACACACAGUUUUCAAAGAUGGCGCUCCCAAUCAAAUUUCACGAGCACCUGCAGCUUCCGAAUGCUGGAAUUCGGGUGCCCAACAUUACAUUCUCCAAUGUCACAAUGGAAUCUGAUAAGAACAUUGUUGUUCGUGAGAUGAUUGGUGAUCAACAACAGGUUGUGAUUAUUGAUUUGGCCGACACAGCGAAUCCAACUCGUCGUCCAAUUUCUGCUGACUCAGUAAUCAUGCACCCAACUGCCAAAAUUCUUGCUUUGAAAUCUGGCAAGACACUUCAAAUUUUCAAUAUUGAGUUGAAAGCAAAAGUGAAAGCUCAUCAGAAUGUAGAAGAUGUAGUUUAUUGGAAGUGGAUCAGUGAGAAAACGAUUGCACUCGUUUCCGACACAGCCGUCUAUCAUUGGUCGAUCGAGGGUGAUGCAGCUCCAGUCAAGAUGUUCGAUAGACAUCAGUCGUUGGCCGGAACUCAAAUCAUAAAUUAUCGCGCUGAUGCCGAAAACAAGUGGCUCGUUCUUAUUGGAAUUUCCGCAAAAGACUCCCGUGUCGUUGGAAGUAUGCAAUUGUACAGUACCGAGAGAAAAGUAUCGCAGCCAAUCGAAGGCCAUGCCGCUUGCUUCGUUCGAUUCAAGGUCGAUGGAAACCAAAACCCAUCUAACUUAUUCUGUUUUUCCGUCAAAACCGAUAAUGGAGGAAAAUUGCACGUUAUUGAAGUAGGAACCCCAGCUGCUGGAAACACUCCUUUCCAAAAGAAGAAUGUUGAUGUUCCAUAUACCGCUGACACAGCUGGCGAUUUUCCAGUGUCUAUGCAGGUAUCUGCGAAGCAAGGAAUUAUUUACCUGGUAACAAAGCAAGGAUAUGUUCAUCUUUAUGAUGUCGAGUCUGGAACACGGAUUUAUUCGAAUCGAAUUUCGACUGAUACCGUAUUUGUGACCUGUGAAUACACAGCUACAGGAGGAAUAAUGGGAAUUAACAGAAAGGGACAAGUUCUUUCCGUCUCUAUCGAUGAAGCUAACUUGGUUCCGUUCGUUACGAACCAGCUGCAAAAUCCAGAUUUGGCUUUGAAGUUGGCCGUGCGUUGUGAUCUGCCUGGAGCUGAAGAGUUGUUCGUUCGCAAAUUCAACUUGUUGUUCAGCAACGGACAGUUUGGAGAAUCAGCCAAGGUUGCUGCAUCGGCUCCACAAGGAAUUUUGAGAACACCAGCCACCAUUCAAAAGUUCCAGCAGUGCCCGUCUACUGGUCCAGGACCAUCUCCACUUCUUCAAUAUUUCGGAAUUCUUCUCGAUCAAGGAAAGUUGAAUAAAUACGAAACACUCGAGCUGUGUCGUCCGGUCUUGGCACAAGGAAGAAAGGAGUUGAUAACGAAGUGGCUCAAUGAUCAGAAGUUGGAGUGUUGUGAAGAAUUGGGAGAUCUCAUUAAGCCGCACGAUGUGAAUACUGCUCUUUCAGUCUAUUUGCGUGGAAAUGUCCCGCACAAGGUUGUUCAAUCUUUUGCUGAAACUGGACAAUUCGACAAGAUCGUAAUGUAUGCCAAGCGUGUCGGAUUCCAACCAGACUAUUUGUUCCAACUUCGUCAAAUUCUCCGUAAUUCGAAUCCUGAUCAUGGAGCAAAAUUCGCUCAACUUCUUGUCUCUGAGAGCGAAAACGGAGAACCACUUGCUGAUCUUUCACAGAUCAUUGACUGUUUCAUGGAGGUUCAAGCUGUUCAACCAUGCACUUCAUUCCUUCUCGAAGUUUUGAAGGGUGAUAAGCCGGAGGAAGGACAUCUGCAAACGAGACUUCUUGAAAUGAAUCUGCUCGCUGCCCCAGCUGUUGCCGAUGCUAUUCUAGCCAACAAGAUGUUCUCUCACUACGAUCGUGCCGCUAUCGGACAACUCUGCGAAAAGGCUGGACUUCUUCAAAGAGCUCUCGAACACUUCACUGACCUCUACGACAUUAAGCGAACUGUUGUUCACACCCAUCUUCUCAAGCCUGAUUGGCUCGUUGGAUAUUUCGGAAGCCUUUCUGUUGAAGAUUCGGUCGAAUGCUUGAAAGCCAUGCUCACUCAGAAUAUCCGACAGAACCUCCAAGUCGUUGUGCAGAUUGCAUCCAAGUAUCAUGAACAGCUCGGAGCUGACAAGCUGAUUGAGAUGUUCGAAAAUCACAAGUCAUACGAAGGUCUUUUCUACUUCCUUGGUUCGAUUGUCAACUUCAGCCAGGACCCAGAAGUUCACUUCAAGUACAUUCAAGCUGCCACGCGCACAGGGCAAAUUAAAGAGGUUGAGCGUAUCUGUAGAGAGUCGCAAUGUUAUGAUGCCGAACGUGUCAAGAAUUUCCUUAAGGAAGCCAAGCUCAACGAUCAACUUCCUUUGAUCAUUGUCUGCGAUCGUCAUAACAUGGUUCAUGAUCUUGUUCUUUACCUGUACAGAAACCAGCUCCAGAAGUACAUUGAAGUCUUUGUUCAAAAGGUUAAUGCCGCCCGUCUUCCGAUCGUUGUUGGUGCUCUUCUAGAUGUUGAUUGUAGUGAAGAUGCUAUCAAACAAUUGAUCAUUAACACUCGUGGAAAGUUUGACAUUGAUGAGCUUGUCGAGGAAGUUGAGAAACGCAAUCGUUUGAAGCUUUUGAAUCACUGGCUUGAAUCGAAAAUCCAGGAGGGAGCGACUGAUGCUGCUACCCACAAUGCGAUGGCCAAGAUUUACAUAGAUUCUAACAACAAUCCCGAACGAUUCUUGAAGGAAAAUCCCUACUACGAUAGCAAAGUUGUUGGAAAGUACUGCGAAAAGCGUGAUCCUCACUACGCCUUCUUGUCAUACGAACGCGGACAGUGCGACGCUGAAUUGAUCAACGUGUGCAACGAGAAUUCACUAUUCAAGAAUCUUGCAAGAUAUUUGGUGAAGAGAAGAGACUUCACUCUGUGGGAGCAAGUUCUCAACGAAGAGAAUGUUCAUCGUAGACAGCUGAUAGAUCAAGUGGUUCAAACUGCUCUUUCCGAAACUCAAGAUCCCGAAGACAUCUCUGUGACUGUUAAGGCAUUCAUGGCUGCCGAUUUGCCGAACGAACUUAUUGAACUUUUGGAAAAGAUUGUUCUCGAUAACUCUGCAUUCUCGGAGCACCGUAAUCUUCAAAAUCUGCUCAUUUUGACUGCAAUGAGAGCCGAUAGAACUCGUGUGAUGGAGUACAUUCAAAAGCUUGACAACUAUGAUGCUCCAGAUAUUGCUAACAUUGCUAUAACUUCUGAACUCUACGAAGAAGCGUUUGCCAUUUUCAAGAAAUUCGAUGUGAACUCAAGUGCCAUCAAUGUUCUUAUCGAGAACGUGAACAAUUUGGAUCGUGCUUACGAAUUUGCUGAAAAGUGCAACCAGUCAGAUGUCUGGGCAUCUUUAGCCAAGGCACAGCUCCAACAAAAUUUGGUGAAGGAGGCUGUCGAUUCGUUUAUCAAGGCCGAUGAUCCAGGAGCGUACAUGGAGGUUGUGAACAAAUGUUCUCAAACGGAGCACUGGGAAGAUCUUGUUCGUUACCUUCAAAUGGCUCGCAAGAAGAGUCGUGAGUCAUACAUCGAAACGGAACUCGUUUUUGCUCUGGCCAAGACUGGUCGUCUCACUGAACUUGAAGAGUUUAUCGCUGGACCAAAUCACGCUCAAAUCGGACAAAUUGGAGAUCGUUGCUUUGACAAUGGAAUGUUCGAUUCCGCUAAGAUCCUUUUCAACAAUGUUUCCAACUUCGCCAAACUUUCCGUUACUCUUGUUCGUCUUGGAGAAUAUCAAGGAGCUGUCGAUGCUGCACGCAAAGCCAACAGCACGAAGACAUGGAAACAAGUGUGCUUCUCUUGUGUCGAGAAUGGAGAGUUCCGGCUUGCCCAGAUGUGUGGACUUCACAUCGUUGUCCACGCUGAUGAGCUUGAGGAAUUGAUCAACUUCUACCAAGAUCGUGGACAUUUCGAAGAGCUCAUUGCUCUUCUCGAAGCUGCAUUGGGUCUUGAACGGGCUCACAUGGGAAUGUUCACCGAACUCGCGAUUUUGUACUCGAAGUAUAAGCCAGAGAAGAUGCGUGAGCAUUUGGAAUUGUUCUGGAGCCGUGUUAAUAUUCCAAAAGUUCUUCGUGCUGCCGAGCAGGCUCAUCUUUGGUCCGAGUUGGUGUUCUUGUACGAUAAAUACGAAGAAUAUGAUAACGCCGCACUGACAAUGAUGCAGCAUCCAACUGAAUCUUGGAGAGAGCAACAUUUCAAGGAAGUCAUCGCUAAAGUCGCUAAUGUUGAGCUAUACUACAAAGCAAUGCAGUUCUACCUGGAUUAUAAGCCACUUCUCCUGAAUGACCUUCUUACUGUGCUAUCGCCUCGGUUGGAUCAUUCGCGCACAGUUUUGUUCUUCAAUAAGCUGAAGCAAAUCCCACUGGUCAAGCCUUACUUGAGACAAGUUCAAAACUUGAACAACAAGGCUAUCAACGAGGCUUUGAAUCAGUUGCUCAUUGAUGAGGAGGAUCACGCCGGGCUUCGUUCUUCUAUUGAGGCUCAAGACAACUUUGACAAUAUCACUUUGGCCCAACAACUUGAGAAGCACCCACUUGUGGAAUUCAGAAGAAUUUCCGCAUACUUGUUCAAGGGAAACAACAGAUGGAAGCAAUCGAUCGAGCUUUGCAAAAAAGACAAGCUGUACAAGGAUGCCAUGGAAUACGCUGCAGAAUCGAGAAACGGAGAACUCGCCGAAGAGCUCUUGUCAUUCUUCCUGGAUGAGAAACUUUAUGAUUGUUUUGCCGCCUCCCUUUACCAUUGUUAUGAUCUCCUUCACCCCGAUGUCAUCAUGGAGCUCGCUUGGAAGCAUAAGAUUAUGGAUUACGCCAUGCCUUACAUGAUCCAAGUUAUGAGAGAUUAUCAGACGAGACUUGAGAAGUUGGAGCGUUCUGAGCAUGAGAGGAAAGAGGAGAAGGCUGAGCAGCAACAAAACAAUGGAAUGACCAUGGAACCACAACUUAUGCUUACCUAUGGUGCCCCUGCCCCACAAAUGACUUAUCCAGGAACAACUGGUGGCUAUGGCGGACAGCCUGCUUACGGUCAACCUGGACAACCAGGAUAUAAUGCCCCUGGAUUUAUGUAAUUCGAUAGUUUUAUCCCCAUUUUCUUACCCCCACCCCCUCACUUUCUCCCCGCAUCAAUAAUUAUAUUGUAAUUUAUUGCUUGAUGUCUAUACACUUUUUUUGUUUAAAUUAUGAUAUUCUAUUUCUAUUUAUUCCGUCCCCUAUGAAAUUGUGAUGGUUGUAUUCUAAUCCGUGAACUUAUCCUUAAGGUUGUUGGUCCGAUGUGUCGUCUCUCUCAGUUCUGCCCGUUUUCAAAAAAAAGUUGAUCACAACUCUUUUAAACCACCAGAACCAUCAUGAAUAAAUUAAUUCGUUGUU